CGGACAAGGAAGCCGCCUCCAGCAAUCCCCGCGCAGUAGCGCUUCUUCCAAGUCAAACCUUCUUCCGAUGAACAAACUCACGCAGAUUCCAAAUACGAGAAACCUCGAUCGAUUAGGGAAGAAUUACAAGUUUAGGGAAGAAAGCGAAACCCAAUUCGUCAACUGACUGCCAGGCGAGGCGAUGAGAAGGCCCCAGGGCAGCCCCACCUUCCUUCCAGAUCCUCGACCAGUCUUCGAUCUGAUCAAGCCAAAGCAUGAAUUUUCGUCUUUCCAAAUUCUACGAGGAGCCAUCCAGACCCUCUUUCACUCGACCAUAAAAGCUCACCGAUGCCUCGUCGCUCUCACCUCAUCCAUCCCUCUGCAACUGUGCGCGCGCGCGAUCAUCUAAAGUCUCGCAGUCGAUCGAUUAAUAAGCAUGGGGACUCUGGUUGGUCAUGUGGCGCCUGGUUUUGGGUUUUUGGUGAUUGGCCUGUGGCACCUCUUCAACCAUGUGCGGCUCCACUCGGUGCGCCCCGGCUCCUACGCCUCCCUCCCCUGGUUCCCCGCCGGCGGCAGGCUCCGCCACCUGGAGCUGUAUCUCAUCGCCUUCGGCAGCCUGGCUUCCAUCUCCAUGGAACUGGUCAUCGGCCCGGCAAAGCACCAGCCCUUCGACGACGACGGCUCCAUCCCCUCCGACCACCUCCACAACUUCGAGCACGCCGCCAUCUCCCUCGCGCUGCUAGUCUACUCUGCCUUCGGCGUCGCCCUCGACCGCCUCCGGGCGCCGCUGCGCGGCGAGCUGACGAUGCUGCUGGCGGCCGCCGCCUUCGCGCAGCAGCUGCUCGUGUUCCACCUCCACUCCGCGGACCACAUGGGCGUGGAAGGGCAGUACCACUGGCUGCUGCAGACCGUCAUCGCCGUCUCUCUGGCCACUACUCUGCUCGGCCUCGCCCGCCCGAGGAGCUUCCUGCUCAGCUUCGUGAGGUCCGCCAGCAUCGCGUUCCAGGGGGUGUGGUUCGUGGUCAUGGGCUUCAUGCUGUGGACGCCGAGCCUCAUCUCCAAGGGCUGCUUCAUGAACCUGGAGGAGGGCCACAGAGUGGUGCGCUGCCACACGACCGAGGCGCUCGACCGAGCCAAGUCCCUGGUCAACCUCCAGUUCAGCUGGUUCAUGACCGCCUUCCUCGUCUUCUGCGUCCUCUUCUUCUUGCUCGUCUCCAAGGCCUACCCGGAGGAGCCACGCUACCUUCCCGUAGUCAAAGAAGAAGGAUCGCAAGAGGAGGAGGAAGAGGAGGGCAUGGACUUGGAAUCCCAGAAGCUGAUGGAAUCUCCGAGCUUUGAUCAUAUGGGAAAAAGACUCAUCCACGCCAUGGAGCUCGAGAGGUGAACCGAUGAUUUUCUUGAAUUAUGGAUCGUUUCAUUGUUUUUGUUUUACUGUUCUGGUAAAUACGUCAUCAGGUUGAGAAUUGUAAGUAUGUGUUUAAGGUUUAUUAUUAUAUUGUUCUGGUAAAUGUGUCCGGGUCGAGUAUUGUAACAUGUCUUUAAGGGAUUCUUUUGAAUUUGUGAUGAAAUGGAUAACUCUUAGAACUUUUUGAAAAUAAAUAAAAUAAAAUACAAGGUCCUAAUUUUAAGUA